AUGGCAGAAUUUGAUUUGAUUAAUAGAGAUCCAAACAACAUAAAUAAUCACCUCAAGGUACAAUUUGAAGAUGUAUUGGCAGAACCAGAGGGGGUUCGCAGUAUUGAUUGCGUUUGGAAACUCUCCUACAAAUGUUUCUCCUGUUGGAAAACUCUUUGUUACAUCAUCAUGACGACAUGCUGUGGAAUAUGCCUGGCAGCAGAGUGGGGAUGUCAAUUUUCUUAUAUCUCCUUUCUGCACAUUUGGUACAUAACUCCAUUCUUCAAGAUUCUGGAACUGAAUUGUGGAUUCCUUCAGAAGCUUUAUGGUCUUUGUAUCCAUUGUUGCCUCGAUCCCAUGUGUGAAGCUUGCGGACUGAUAUUUCACAAGUUCCAGAGAAACUGAGCUUCGUUCCUCUCCA